UUUUUUUUUUUUUUUUUGGUAACGAUGUGCUAAAAUCUCUCCUGCAAACCGCCCUUGCAGAAGAGAAAGAACUUAAGUGGCUAAUAUUUUGCAAAGGAGACUGAGAGAUUGAUACUGCAAUAUAGCUCUCGUCUCUCUCCCUUCUCCCCAAUUAGAUGCUGGUUUUAAUUGCAGAGGGUAUUUCUCUUUUCGUGCUUUCAACCAUCUCCUCUUUCCCACAGGGGAGGGUUUCAUUUGCAAGUUGAUCCCAAGGAUUUCUGUUCCUCUGGCAUUUCUCUCCCCUAAAUGCAUCUUUCUGCGCUUAAGUUUGCGGAUGGGGGGCAUUUUUUUCUAGUUCUUACACGAGGAAGGCAAAAAGGACCUUUUUAUUGGGAGAUUGAGACUAAAAGCAAUGAUCGCUCCGAAUCAUUCUAAUGGGCAUUUCAGGGAUUCAAGGAAGGCUGCAUCACCACUGGUAUUAUUCCCAUCCUUAGCGUUUCCCUGUGCCCAUACAUUUAAAAGAUCUGGUGAAAGGAAGGGUGAAACCAUAUGUUGAAGGAGCUGCAUCUCAUUAGGGCACUAUUAUUUUCAUCUGAUUGGAGAAGAAUGGUGUCUUCAUUCGGAAUCGUGUAUAGUAGGAUAGAGAAUUUAUCGGCUGGUAAGUGUCAAGGUAUUUUUUUUUUCUUCCACUUUCAGCUUUUUAACCGGGUCUCCUGCUUGGUCCUGGGGGCACAAAAUGCCCUAAUCCAAGGCAGGCUGAGCGUUUCAAUCCUAGGUGCCUCUUCAGCUGUCACUUCCCUUUAGAUCUGCUGAUCGCAUGGGCAUGUGCUUUAGAAAGAUUAAUCAUCUCUAAAUGCUUUAAUCAGCUAAAAUGACUAAUAUGUGGCGUGUAUUUAUCUGAUAAUAUACCAGUUGCAUUAAUUCACCGGCGCAUUUGCCAGGGGAAGAUUUCCUUCCCAAUCAGGGUCGUUAACCGUUUACUCCGGUGUGGGGAUUUCUGAGGGGAACCGUUCUGCCAGGGACAUCAGCACAGCUCGCACAUUCCGUGGAACUCGCGCGUGGAAUACAUCGAGCCGGGAGGGAGGGAGGGAGAUCUGAGGGUGUGGAGGUCCAAUAACUUUGGGAGUUUGCAUGGAUGAAGGAUGUGGUGCGACACUGGAGAAAUGUGCCCACCCUUGGUGUGUUUCCCCCCUCGGAAUCGAGGCGGGCUGUGAUGGCUCCCGGGCUAAAAUUGCACCCGGGGAUGAGAUCCGGGCAGUUCCGAAGCCUGGGAAAACGUGGAGAGACGCAACACGUUCGGUGUGCUCGCGGUGCCGUGUGGGGCUGCAUGUGCCGUCCUCUUUAUAGGUGGCAUUUACCACGGGGAGGGGAGCGAGGCAGGCUGCUAUCGCGUGAUGGAGCCCUCUAACAUCUCUCAAGUAUAAAUCAGGGCAAGGCUCGCCCAGCCGACACCCCCGGAGUUGGUUGGGCACGUCUGCCCAACAAUUGCUGAACUUUCCAGGAGCCCGACAUGAGUCCAGCAGGUAGGGGCUUAGGAAAAGGAGAGGGGCAGGGCAGAAGUACUGAAAUCUGUGUUUCUCUUCCCGUUGCAGUUUUGUAAACAUCAACAGAUGAUGAAACCUUCCACGGCAGAGACGCUUCAUAAAGGAAGGAUGUUGUGGAUAAUUCUUCUAAGCACAAUUGCUCUAGCAUGGACUACACCUAUUCCCUUGAUAGAGGACUCGGAGGAACUGGAUGAGCCCUGCUUUGAUCCAUGUUACUGUGAAGUGAAGGAGAGCCUUUUCCAUAUACAUUGUGACAACAAGGGAUUUAUAAAUAUUAGUCAGAUAACAGAGUCGUGGUCGAGACCUUUUAAACUUUAUCUGCAGAGGAAUUCCAUGAGGAAAUUGUACACCAACAGUUUUCUUCAUUUGAACAAUGCUGUAUCUAUUAACCUUGGGAACAAUGCACUGCAGGACAUUCAGACGGGGGCUUUUAACGGGCUCCGAGUUCUGAAGAGGUUGUACUUGCACGAAAACAAAUUGGACAUUUUCAGGAACGACACUUUCCUGGGUUUGGAAAGUCUGGAAUAUCUGCAGGCAGAUUACAAUGUCAUUAAACGGAUUGAAAGCGGGGCAUUUCGAAACCUAAGUAAAUUGAGGGUCCUUAUCCUAAAUGACAAUCUCAUCCCCAUGCUUCCCACCAAUUUAUUUAAGUCUGUGUCCUUAACCCACUUGGACUUGCGGGGGAACCGCCUCAAAGUCCUUUCGUACCGCGGGAUGUUGGACCACAUUGGCAGGAGCCUGAUGGAGAUCCAGCUGGAGGAGAACCCGUGGAACUGUACGUGCGAGAUUGUGCAGCUCAAGAGCUGGCUGGAGCGCAUCCCCUACACCGCUCUGGUGGGGGACAUCACCUGCGAGACCCCCUUCCACUUCCACGGGAAGGACCUCCGGGAAAUCAAGAGAAGCAAGCUCUGCCCCAUGCUGUCCGACUCCGAGGUGGAAGCCAGCCUGGGCAUCCCUCAGCUGUCCUCCAGCAAGGAGAACGCGUGGCCUACGAAGCCUUCCUCCAUGCUGUCCUCCUUCCAUUUCACCGCUUCCUCUGUUGAGUACAAAACGUCCAACAAGCAGCCCAAGCCCACCAAGCAGCCCCGGGCGCCCCGGCCUCCCCCGACCCCCCGUGGCCUGUACCCCGGGCCCAACCAACCGCCCGUGGCUGCCUACCAGACCCGGCCCCCCAUCCCCAUCAUCUGCCCCACCGGCUGCUCUUGCAGUUUGCACAUCAACGACCUGGGCCUGACGGUCAACUGCAAGGAGCGGGGAUUCCACAACAUCUCCGAGCUCCUGCCCAGGCCCUUGAAUGCCAAGAAGCUGUACCUGAGCGGGAAUUUGAUCCAGAAAAUCUACCGCUCCGAUUUCUGGAAUUUUUCCUCCUUGGAUCUCUUACACCUGGGGAACAACCGGAUCUCCUACGUGCAGGACGGGGCGUUCAUCAACCUGCCGAACCUCAAGAGCCUGUACCUGAACGGGAACGACAUCGAGCGGCUCACCCCGGGCAUGUUCCGGGGCCUGCAGAGUUUGCAUUACCUGUACUUCGAGUACAACCUGAUCAGGGAAAUCCAGCCGGCGGCCUUCAGCCUCAUGCCCAACCUGAAGCUCCUCUUCCUCAACGACAACCUGCUCCGCACGCUGCCCACCGACGCCUUCGCCGGCACCUCCCUGGCGCGCCUCAACCUGCGCAACAACCACUUCCUGGCGCUGCCGGUGGCCGGGGUGCUGGAGCACCUACACGCCAUCGUGCAGAUCGACCUGAAGCUCAACCCCUGGGACUGCACCUGCGAGCUGGUGCCGCUGAAGCAGUGGCUGGAGGCGCUCAGCUCCGUCAGCGUGGUGGGCGAGGUGCUGUGCGCCAGCCCCGAGCCGCUGGCCCGCCGCGACCUGCGCUCGCUGGAGCUGGCCGCGCUGUGCCCCGCCGCCCUGCGCCCCGCCGCCGCCGCCGCCGCCUCGCCCCCCGCCGCCGCCCCGCCGCCGCCCUCCGCCACCGGCGCGGCCGCCUACGAGCUGCCCCCGGCCGCCGCGGCCGCGGCCGUGCCGCUCUCCGUGCUCAUCCUCAGCCUCCUCGUCCUCUUCUUCUCCGCCGUGCUGGUGGCCGCCGGGCUCUUCGCCUUCGUGCUGCGCCGCCGCCGGCGGAAGCUGCCGUUCCGCGGCCCGCGGGCGGAGGCGGCGGACCUGGGCGCGGUGCCGCUGCGCUGCCCGCGGCUCUUCCCCGAGGGCGGCGGCGGCGGCGGCGGCGGGGGCGGCGGCGGCGGCGGGGGGGGCCCCGGGGAGCGGUCCCCGGAGAAGGCGCCCCCGGCGGGCCACGUCUACGACUACAUCCCGCACCCGGUGACCCAGAUGUGCAACAACCCCAUCUACAAGCCGCGCGAGGAGGAAGAGGCGGCGGGCGGCGGCGGCGAGGCGGCCGAGCUGCUGCGGGGCGGCGGCGAGCGCGGCUUCGCCCACCCCGCCGCCCCCGCCGCCGCGCCGGAGCCGGGCAGCAGCUACCGCACCUUGCUGGAGAAGGAGCAGGAGUGGAGCCUGGCCGUGUCCAGCUCGCAGCUCAACACCAUCGUGGCCGUGCACCCCCAGCACCCCGCGGGCGGAGGGCUGGCGGCGGGCGCGCUCGGGGCGGCGGCGGCGGCGGCGGGGGGAGCCCCGCGGGACCGCGACCGCCCGCCGCCCUGCGCCGUGGGGUUCGUGGACUGCCUGUACGGCACCGUGCCCAAGCUGAAGGAACUGCACGUCCACCCCCCCGGCAUGCAAUACCCGGACCUGCAGCAGGACGCCAGGCUGAAGGAGACCCUGCUCUUCGCGGCCGGCAAGGGCUUCCCGGACCACCAAACCCCCACAAGCGAAUACCUCGAGUUAAGGGCCAAACUCCAAACCAAGCCGGAUUACCUCGAAGUCCUGGAGAAGACCACGUACCGGUUCUGACCGCCGCCCCGCCGCCCGCCCGGCCCCGCCGCCCGCGAGCAGAGGAUACAGCUGUGCGCUCUGCCCCGCCAGAUGUGCGCGCUGCGGGGCAGGGCCCUUCUCAGAUCAGUAAUCGACGAAGUGCCUUCGCAGACUUUUGCCAGCAGAUGUUAAUCAAUCAUUAUUUUUUAUACUGAAACUGAGACUUUGACUGUGCCAUGUCUAAAGGUAUAUUAUUAUAAUAUUAUUAUUAUUAUUAUUAUCGGGGAUCUUUGUAUUGAUCCUGAUUGAGUAAAAUCUAUGUGUGUCUCUUUCUCUCUUUUUUCUUUUCCUUUUCCUUUUAUUUUCUUUAUUCUUGUUGUUUGUUUUGUCCGUUGUUUGUUUUUUUUUUCCCUUUUUUUUUCUAUUUUUCCGUUGGCAGUAAACUUCCUUGAUAUUUUCCCUUGGAGGGGAGGGGGAGGGAAGAUGGCAUUUUCUGGCCUGCUUUCUUCUUGCCCAUCCUGGCACAGAUUCUGUACAUUUAUUUAAAAGAGGAAAAAAAAAAUAAUGCAAAGAAGCAAACGAGCGCAGUUUGCUGCAUGCCUGGAAACUGCAAGAGGGAAGGGAGGGGAGGGUCUUGCUCGAAUGUCUCACUCUUGUCUCUCUCCCUCCCUCGCACGCACACUCCUCACCCUCACCCUCACCCUCCACACACCCCCCCGCCAGCCCGGCCCCUCCAGGGGGGCUCGGGGGCCGCGGGGGGAAUCCCGGGGGCAGUCCCGGGGGCUGGGGGAAGCCACCCGGAGCCGAGCAGCCCCAAGGAUGUCACCACGUGGCGCACACACCUAGGGGAUGCUCAGUGACACUUCAUCAUGACGCCAUAGUUUUUUUUUUGGAGGGCAUCCGCACUUUCCUAAUAAAAGCGACAUGCAAAUAUACAGAGAAAAAAAGAAAAAAAAAAAAAGGAAAAAAAAUCAAAAGCUAAUGGGCACCUCUCACUAACAGCUUUGUAGGAAGCACUUUUAAUGUUUUCUCUCAUGCACCCAUACACGCACACACGCACACACACAGAAAGGUACAACAAUGUGCAUAUAUUUAUUCUGUAAUUUCAAGUGAAUAUAAAUUGUAAAGGUAAUGUUAAAUCAUUGUACAGUGAUGCGUCUGGUAUAGCUUUCCUAAUAAAACGUUUUGAAAAAAAUUGCAUAUAUAUAUAUAUAUAUACACCCCCAAAUAUAUAUAUAUAUAUAGGAAUACAAAGCUUGAACCUGAAACUUCAGCUUCCUCCACAGAGAUUUUCUUCCCCCCAUAACCUUGAACGCUAUUUUAUUAAUAACAGUUCGAUGCACUGUGAUGUUAACAGAGGAAAAAAAAAAAACCCUGUACAGCGUCUCUUGCCAAGAUACCACCCGAGACUGUCACAAAUCCGAUUUGCGAUCUGUAUCCCUGCCGCACUGUCCUGACAGUUAAAAAUAUCGGGAAAAUUGGGAGCGCAUCCCGCCGGAGCGCUGCUUCCCGGCCUGCUGGAGGCACCGGGAGGCAUCGCAGGGAUGUUGCCGGUGCUGGCAGCGGGGUGAGCACUCAGAGAGCUCCCACCCCUCCGGAUUAAACCGCAUGUCCAGUUAGGAAUGGGGGGAUGCGAUCUGGGAAAGCAGAGCAUCCAUCCCAGCGGCCGUGCCGCUCUUCUCCCUCUCCCGCUGCAGCCGGAGGGAGACCAAAGACCAUGGGAUUUCCCUGCCCGGGCGGGUCCCGGUUGGUAUCUUGUCCGCGUUGGUGUCUUGUCCCCGGCGGUGUCCCUGUGUCCCGGCGGUGUCCCUGUGUCCGGCGGUGUCCCUGUGUCCGGCGGUGUCCCUCUGUCCGGCGGUGUCCCUCUGUCCCGCCGCUCUUGUGUCCCGCGGGCCCGGAGCGCGGCCCCUCGCCGCCGCCAGGUGGCGCCCCAGCCCCAGCGCUGAGGGGCGGCGGCGGGGCCGGAGCGCCCGGGCUCGAUCCCGGGCUCGAUCCCGGGAUUGAUCCCAGGAUUGAUCCCAGGAUUGAUCCCGAGAUUGAUCCUGGGCUCGAUCCUGGAUUCCAUCCCGGCCUGGAGCAGCUCCCGACGCCGCUCCCUGUCCCCGUCCGCCCCGCCGAAUGAACCCGCGGGCGCCUUAUCCCGGGGCGGGCAGGGCCGCCAAGGGCAGCCCCCACAGCCGGGCGCUGCCCUCAGGGCCUCCGGAGAGCGGCGUUUAUCCAGAAAUACCCAAUGUGUCCAUCAGCACCAUGUGUCCGAACAGCGGUCAGGGUGGUUUGUCCAGGUGAAUCGAGGUUAUUCCCCCAAAGGUGCUGCUGGGAGCGUUCCUGCCGCUGUCCCGAGGGGACCGGGGUGUGUCACCUCCUGGCAAAGGGUCACAGUGCCAAGGUCACCCUCCCCACCAUCAGCCCUCUUUCCUUGGGGAACAGCUCGGAUUCACCCGGCACAAUGUGUUUUAACAGAGAUAAACGCAUAAAUACUUGUUCUCCCCACAAUGUUGCUAUUUACAGCUCUGGGCAGGAUGCUCAUGGUGAGCCUUUUCUCUUGGAGAGUCGUUUCCCCAGCCUUGGCAGGAGCUGUGUGUGUCUGGAGAUGGAGGGACAGCUCCAAACCUCUGUAAAUCUGGCAUCACCCUCCAUGCCAUCAGUAAAGAUAUUACACAUUGCAAUUUCCUCUGUUGAGUUGAGAUUGUGUUUCCUCACUGCUGCCUUCAGCUCGGACCCGUUGGGGUUUGCUCAUUUGUUUGUUUCGCUGAGUUUUUAAUAGAUAGUGGAAGAGCAUGCACGUGCUAAGAGUAUUAAACAUGCAAGUGCAAAGGCCAGAUCCUUCUUAUCAUAAUUGUAAUAAUUACAUUGAUAAGCCUACAUGCAAGUGAUGCGUGGAGCUGUAUAAAUCAGGUUAAAGUACAACCCCCAGUGAGAGUGGUGCUGUAUACAUUUGGCAAUGUCCUCAAAGCCCCAAGUGUUCAUACUUGUAUCCAAAUAGAGUAAAGCCAGUUGCAAAUAAUGUUUAUAUUUUAAUUAAACUGCAGAAAGGCAAGAGAAUUUCAUCCUUACUAUAGGCAGUAAUCUCGCCCGUGGAUGGUGAGCAGAUCUGUUUAUUCAGUGGAAAUAAAUUUGUUCUAUGAGAAUGGAAUUUUGUAUUAAAAGAGAUAAUUUUUGGCUUA